AUGAUACCGUCAAGAGGUAUCCACGCCUUGCGGGCGAGAAUUCCUCGACACACCCUUAUACAACAAUGUCGACAUCUCUCAUCGACUCCCCGGCCCAGUCUCCGCUCUCCUCUAUCGCAAAGCGCGGGUAGGACACCAAGGGCGACAGCACCCGCUGCUAUUUCUCUCCUGAACUUUGCCUCGAUCCGUCAUGCUUCGAGCGAGUCUUCCGCGCAAUACGUUCCCCCUCCCAGCGAAUUCCCCAACCUCGACACAAUCAAUCUCGACAAUCUCGACCCUAUAACAUCCGCCACUGCGCAUCUCCCCACAGAAACCGGUUAUCUCCAUUCACUUGGCAUCGACUAUGGCUGGGGACCUACCACUUGCGUCCAGUGGGUGCUUGAGAACAUCUAUGUGCACACCGGACUUCCCUGGUGGGCGACCAUCCUCAGCACCGCCUUGCUCCUCCGAGCCGCGGCAUUUCCCUUGUUCCUCAGGUCGUCUGACAGUAUGGCACGCCAGGCGGCACUCGGCACGGUCCUAAAACCCUACAGCGAGGCCAUUACCGCCGCACAGAAAUCGGGAGAUUCAGCCGCCGUCCUCAAUGCCAUGCGUCAGAAGAGCGCCAUUCAUAAAAGGGCGGGCAUCUCCACUUCCGCACAGCUCAUCCCGGUGGUGGUCCAGGGUGUGAUUGGAUUCUGCGGUUUUAGGCUGAUGAAAGCCAUGGUCGCUCUGCCCGUUCCUGGAUUGAUGGACGGCGGGUUUCUUUGGCUGCACGACCUCACGCUAUCAGAUGGAUACCUGAUUCUGCCGCUUGCGAUGGCAGGGACAAUGCAUCUGAUGGCUCGAUUUGGUGGAGAGUCUGGAACUUCUCAACUUCCGCCACAGAUGAAGAAAGUUAUGCUCUACGUGAUGCCCGGCCUCAUCAUGCUGUUCACAGCUUGGCAGCCUGGUGCCGUGUGUCUUUGGUUUUGCGGCAGUGGAGUGAUUGGUUUGGCCCAAGGACAGCUGCUUCAGAGGGCAUCGGUGCGGAGAUUCUUCAAUUUGGCGCCCAUGUACAAGCCGAAGCCAGGCGAGGAGCCGCAAAAUCCGUUCACGGCAUAUUUGGAGAAGAUGUCAGGGAAGAAUUCCACACCUACACCGAGUGCAGGACCGGCAAGAGGGACGGGACAGAAGCCAGGCGUUGCAUACAUGAACCCGGUAUAUCAGGCGCCGAAUGUGCAGAGGAGUGGAGGGAAGACGAUUGAUGCACGGUUGGUGUCGAGAACAGACGCGGCAAGCGGGGAUAUGGUGCAGCCAGGACAAAAGCGCGCCACCGGCAAAGGCGGUAUGUUCAGUGGGAUCAAAGACAGCGUGGACGCUGCCAAAUCUCGAAUGGAGGCGAUGACAACCCCAAGUUCGGAGAAGAUGCGCGAGGAUGAGAAGGCUGCUUUCAAGAAACGGGCCGAAGCUUAUGAGAAGCGGGCCAAGGAGCGAGGAAGGUAG